AGACCAGAAUCCAGGCUGCCACAUUGAAGAGGAACAAAAAGGCGACCUGACAGCGGCUCCAGCUCUCCCUCCACUUUCUCCGGCGCAGUCACGAGAUUUCAAUGUUCAGCCUGCUCUUUGGUUUCCGUGUUGACUUGAGCCGUACCUAUAUGGCGUGUGUGAGCGGAGAGUUCUGCCAGGCACAGCACCUCACCUCGGUGGAGAAGUGAAUCGGCCGCCCCCUGAGGGACUACGCUGCCCAGAAGCCCCCCUGACAGCCGGCACACUUUAAGGAACUGCUGACUUUUCCAAAGGCCUGCUGGGAUAUUGCGUAGUCCUCGGCCCGACCGCCCCGCCCCGUCCCGACCAAUACGAAUAACCUUCACUUUCCACUUUCUCCUCAAGCAGCCAAUCACAAACAGCUCUCCUGAAUGGGCCGUCUCGCCAACAUGAACCGCCCCGCUGCAGUCGAGAUCACCUACGAGUGCAUGAGGUUCCUCAUCACCCACAACCCCACCAAUGCCACGCUAAACAAGUUCACCGAGGAGCUGAAGAAGUUCAAGGUGAACACUCUGGUGAGAGUGUGCGAUGCCACCUACGACAAGGCUCCGGUAGAAAAAGAGGGGAUACAAGUCCUGGACUGGCCCUUCGAUGACGGAGCCCCCCCUCCCACCCAGAUCGUGGAUAACUGGCUCAAGUUGGUCAAUAACAAGUUCAGAGAGGAACCCGGCUGCUGCAUCGCCGUGCACUGCGUGGCAGGACUGGGCAGAGCUCCGGUCUUGGUGGCCUUAGCCCUCAUUGAGUGUGGGAUGAAGUAUGAGGAUGCUGUGCAGUUCAUAAGGCAGAAUAGACGUGGAGCCUUCAACUCCAAACAGCUACUUUACCUCGAGAAAUACAGACCCAAAAUGCGUCUGCGGUUCAAGGAUACCAACGGCCACAACUGCUGCGUGCAGUAGGCCGCUCGCCACUGCAUCGUUCUCGUGCGCAUCUUAGCGGGGAGUCUCCCGGUAUGGGGAGACGUUUGGAAAACAAAAAACAAAAAAAUGAAGAGUGCUAUAAGUAAUUAUUGUGGUGAUUUGUUAACACUGAGUCAUGGUUAAUUGAUCGGAGAGCAAGCGAGUGAUCAAACGAAUGAAUCCAGAUGUGGGGAUCCACCAGCCGAACCAAUGAAUGGAAGUCUAAAGCACACAGAAAGGCCCGCCUCCCGGUUACACUGUUCAACCACGGGCCACAAUUUAGCAACUUGAGUCCAUCCUGUUUGUUUUUCUUUCGUUCUUUCUUUUUUCUUUUUUUUUUUUUUUUUUUUUUUUAUUUCCUCAGUUGUAAUCAUGGGAUAACAAUGUUCUCUUUUUUUUUUUUUUUUUUUUUUUUUUUUACACAAACGUAAGAUGAAUUGUACUAUUUCGUUUUUUUUUUUAAUUUCCUCUCAUUAUUGAAAUUAUGAUUAGGCCAAGAUAAUGUACCUUUUUAAAGAAAAGAAACCCCAACAUUUUUAAACUUUGAACACACGUUGUGACUCUUUUUUUUUUUUUUUUUUUUUUGCACAAAACUCAAAGGUUCACCUGAAAAUGCAGUAAUUCUUUUUUUUCUUUUCAUUUUUACCCUUCACUUGCUUAGAGUCACUUUCAAUUUUAGGGGUUCACUGACUUGGAGUAUGUCUGCAAUAUUUAUUCACAAGAUAUGUGUGGCAGAGUUUUGCAGGGGCAAGGACACUUUGUUUUCCAAUAUUUCGUCAAUAUUCUUUUGAGAGCCAUGUCUUCUUCUUCUUCUCUGUCUCUCUUUUUUUUUUUGUCUCUUUAUCUUGUUGGAGUGCAAUAAUCAGUCCACCUCAGUUAAGCCCACCAAAUCCUGCAGAGCAACACACACACACACACACACACACACUCACACAUACAUACACGUGUACACACACACACACACACACACACACACACACACACACUCACACAUACAUACAUACACGUGUACACGCACACACACACAAACACACACAUACCCACCACCAACAGUCAUACAGGAUAAAGGAAAAAAAAACUGCUACAACAGGUACUUCUCCUGCUUUCAUUCACUCGGUAACGGGGACACAGCAGUCGGACCUCCCGUUACCUUAAACUCGUACACCGAGCCUGCGAUCCAACCUGAAAGACAAUGUGGAGAAGAAUGAAAAUGGUCAGUUUUUUAUCAUUGUACCCAUUUUGAAAAAAAAAAAAAAAAAAAUCCCCAAUUCGUAUUGGUUCUUUAAAGA